AUGGAUCAAACCGCUGACUUGCCGCUUGGAGGCUACUGCUGGGGCGGCGACCAGCCGCUGAAAGCGACCACCAAGAACAUCGCCAUGCUGAGUAGCGUCUCGGGCUUCUUGUUUGAGGAACUCCCCAAGACGCUGCGGGAUGCGUGUCUGGUAACGAGACUUCUUGGCCAUAGGUACAUAUGGAUCGAUGCCCUGUGCAUCGUGCAAGACGACCCUGCCGACAAGGCGCGAGAGAUCCCAAAAAUGCGCGAUGUUUACCGGGGCGCCUUGCUCACCAUUACCGCAAGCCGAGCAAGCAGUGUCUCCCAAGGCUUUCUGCAGGAUCGAGCUAGCGGCUUGAUAAAAGACGGUUGCGUAUUCAGGUUCAGAUUUGGCAUGCAGGAGAACUCGGUGGGAUCUGGAAAUUCGAAUGAAGCAGGUCACGCUCCCGGCAUGGCUGGUGCCCAUUCCUUGAGCAGCAGUCCACAGAGCUUGCAGAAGCCAACGAAAAUUCAAGGCUCUGUCGUGCUCUUCCUGCCCACUUUCGCCAUGAGCAAUGAGCGGCUGCAGGAGGCACUCCAGACUCGCGCCUGGGCUUUUCAGGAACGCCUAUUGUCUUCGCGCGUGCUCGACUUUGGUUCCUUUCAGACAAGCUUACAGGACGAGACUACAGGCCGCAGCUCGCUGGUCGAUGGCGGUUGGGUCACGAACAAGACCACCACGGACAGCCUAGGGGCCCUGUGGGAUGUCAUCCGCCAGACAGCCGCAGGUAUUGUGCCUGGUGACGGUCAAGCGUCGCCCAUUCCCUUGUAUCUCCCAGAUCCCUUGGGCCGCAUGUCGACUGAUCGACUCUGCGACGACGAGUAUCAAAGCAAAGUCUGGGCGGUCGCACUUCAAGAGUAUGCCAAGCUCCACCUCACGGUAUCGUCCGACAAGCUAGCUGCGGUAGAAGGGCUUGCUGAAUGGUUUGGACUAUGGCUCAAGGCAUCGCGGGCGAAAACAGCAGGGGCCGACUGCAACGACAGGAGCCAGGAAACACCAAACACCUCGUCAAACCCCAGCACAACCACAGGAGCCACAGAACACGGCGACGUUCGGUAUCUCGCAGGGAUGUGGAGCCAUCAGCUCCCUGCUGGCCUCAUGUGGCGGGUACAUGCGAAAGGGGAAGACAUUUAUGUUAAGGGCGAUGGUGUCUCGUCUUUUACCUCGGGUGACGGCCAGCAGGACGGCUUUGGAAGCUGGGGCUAG